GCAAAUUAAACCCAUUCGUCCUUAAUUUUAUCAAGCCUAACGAAUUUUUUGGUAGUAGUCCUUGCCAACCAAACUACAUCCGACAAUGCACAGCUGGAGUUCGGAAUGCAUCAACCAGGCUUUUUACAGACGUCAUGGCGUCUCUUUGUGCCUUUGUAUUUCAGCCAGACUAUGCCUUUUUUGUUAUUUUUCGCAUUAUUCGACUCACACUUCCACUGUUCCACAGGAUUAAUUAAGGUAUGACUUAAAAGGCAUUGUCGUCUGCUUACAUAUAUGACUUUCUGAAAUGUUUCUAAAGUUAAAUUAAGCAUUUAAUGGAGCUAAAUUAAAAAUUGUUUAAGCCAAUAAUAUUAUUUAAAGAAAGCACCCACAUUCUAUGCCUAAAAAGUCAUAGUAUACAUUUUGUUUUACAAUUCCUUGGUGGUAGCUAGGAAAUUCCAAAUUUGCCGCCCAUUUGGUGACCCCAACUUGGCCAUAAUGUGUAACAUCGACUGCUGCUCGGCCAGGUCGCCAAUUGCCAAGCGAAUGGCGGCCCGUCGGCUUUUGCAGCUGGAGGAGGAGGAACGCAGGAAGCCCAAGCUGGUGAUCCCGACGCCCCAGAGCCUGUUCUACCCCUACGAAGAAGUGGAGGCCAUGGCUCAAUAUAUCAUAGAAACCAGUCACAUUCGUCCGAAAUACGGUUUGAUUUGCGGCAGCUUCCUGGGCUCCAUGAUCUCCCUGGUGGAGCAGCCCGUGGUCAUUCGAUUCGCGGAUAUCCCCAACUUUCCCGCCGGCAUUGAGCCAAAUGGUAGCCUCGUGGUGGGCAACGUGAUGGGUGCUCCCAUUAUCGCUUUGGUCAAUCGGUUCCACUCCUGCGAUGGCUACAAUCUGGCCACCUGUUCGCUGCCCGUUCGCGUGAUGCAGUUGUGCGGGGUCAAGACCAUCAUGCUGACCUCUAGGGCAGCUGCUGUGAAUCAGCAAUACGCCUUAGGCGAUAUUAUGCUGAUCGAAGACCACAUCAAUGUAGUGGGCAUGAUGGAUCAGACCUCGCUGGAGGGGCCAAGUGAUCCGCGAUUUGGCAGCCGACCCUUCUCGAUGAUCGACUCCUACGAUAAGGACCUGCUGGCGAUGGGUCUCGACAUUGGCCAGGAGAUUGGCAUCAACAAAUUCCUGCACCGUGGCGUCUACGCCUGCCUGGGAGGUCCUGCCUACGAAACUGUGGCCGAGGAGCGAGCACUGCGAACAAUGGGUGUGGAUGCCGUGGGCAUGUCCUUGUUGCCCGAAGUUAUAGCCGCCCGUCAUGGUGGCCUGAAAAUCUUCUCCUUUGUCAUAAUCAGUUGGGCGGCCAACGAUAAGCCCGUUGAGGAAGCUGACAAAGACGCAGAUCCCGGAUCAUCAAGGACCGAGGAGAAGGAACCCAUGGAGGUCUCACCGCUAAGAGUGCAGGCCUGUUGCGAUUUGAUUGGUCGCCUACUCUACGAUAUGCACCAAGAGCGCUGACGAUCGAUUCGUUCCGUCCCGAAAAUAGAUUUCUUGAAGCCCCCGCCUUA